AGACUAGCAAAUAUAAGAGAUUUGGAUUAUGAUUACUCUUGGUUUGUAACUUCAUUUUUGUUUAUAGAUAAUGAAUCCUUUUUCUUGAUUUCACCACAAGGGAUUUACAUAUGGGAACGAACAAAAUCGUUGCUGAUUUUACAUUUUGCAAGAAGGGGGACACUAUUUUCUUUCACUAAAUAUCCAUCAUAUAGUUAAUGCAAUUGGCUAAAAUUAGUUGCCUGACAUCUUUUACCUAUGCACCUUAUGUCAACGGUUGGAUUAUUAAUAGCUUUUUGGCUGUGCUCCCUCUUCAUUUUACAUUUCCAUGUUAGAUAUGGUCUAGAUAGCAAUGGCCUUCAUUGUUUUCCUUACCUUAUUUAGAGCAGAAAACAGCAAUUUUUCCUUUUUGUUCCUUCCAACUUCAUCAUUAUUAUUGAUAAAUGUUUUAUUGAAUAUCUUGAUGAAGUAUACUUAAAUUGAAUUGACUGACCUAAAUACGAACUUGCAUAAUCACACCUGAUUAAUAAUAUUUGAUGUAACAUGUUACAUUCGAAAUACAUUAUUGAAUUGCAUACGUGUGUGUCUGGAUGUUUCUAUCUUCACUACUCCAGAUAGGCAUAUCAAUUGUUUACACAUUUUCAAUACUUGGUUCUGGGACAAAUUACUUUGUUUGUUCCCCAUGUACACAACAUUGCUAUGCGUCGAUUUGUAAAAAAAAAAAAGUGUUUGUAAUUCUGGACAAGCAAUUACUGUCAGGUAGGUAGUAAGUUGAAAUACUAUUAAAUAUUUGUGCUCUACUGAAGCUGAUCCACACUUUUCCAGUUUCAACUUUCUUCUAAUUAAAAUAUUAAGCUUAUAUCCAGAGAAGAAACAUAACACUUUGCCGUGCUUUGAGUUCUUGAGGAGAGGAAGGCGUUAUGUAGUUUCACUAGUUUGUCUCCACCACAAACACAUCUGAAAUGGGCGGGAUUCAGUUCUUUCUUUCAUCCCUCAACUUUUAGGGAUUCUUGUAAAAGGUUCAGGAGCCAUGCCGUUUGCGGGCCAACUAGUGUUGGGAAUUAAACCGCCUCCAUUUGGGAAGACAACAGCAAUAAAGGAAGGAAAAGUGACACUAUAGAAAGGAAGGUAUGGAGCAUUUCUGUCUUUUACAGGCUGUGCAAAUGUGCAAUGGUUUUACAAAAUGUCCAAGUUCUCUGCUCCGAAAAAAAGACACUAAUAAUCUUCAAUCAUUUGAAAAGCAUGGAAGUUAAUUUUAUUUUCACAAUUUUCUUUUUUUGGGUGAUGAGGGAAUCCCGCAGUCACUAUCCGAAGGUCUGUACUGGGUAAACCCCGCCUUGUGACCCUAGUUGGCAAAGGACCACAAGGAGGUUAACCAGCUUAGGUUGCCCAUUGCUGACCGACUCAAACCAAGAAGGCUGAGAUUCGAACCCGUGACCUUGUUGUUACGAGUUUGUACGCUUAGCCAUUUUAUUUUCACAAUUUGUUUAUAUAGAAAGUAGGCUGUAACACUAAUGUAGAUUCCACUGUCAGUUUCUGUAGCCUACCUCUGACAUCUUUAGAGGCUGGUCCUAUAUUACAAACCAUAGUCUUUGAAAAAAAAAUCUUGGAUAAACUAUUAAAAAAGUCUUAUGCUUAGAGUGGCGUCUUAGUAAUUACUCUGUAAUUAGUAGAUGAUGGAGAUUGCUGUUCUGAAGGAUUGGGAUCCUUCUUAAGUAUUUAUUUUUGUAUAAUAUAUUGAACAAUUCAAACUGUCAUGGCUAAAUCUGCAAGGCACAUGUAACAUUAGGACUCCUUAAACUCGUAAAGGGUGUAAGUUGUGAAUUAGACCAGAAAAAAAAAAUAACAAUUCUGCAGGUUUGCAGGUUCUUCCCAUGAAACUUUGGGGAUUUAGGAAUUUGUCACGUUUUGCAUAGAUGAUGUGUAAUUGAUCUCACUUUUACCAGUCUCUCAAGGAAGACGAGAUCAAAUAAUUUUGCAGAAUUGCAUAACAUAGAGGGUAAUGAACUUAUGCUUUGAAAAGUGUUGUGAACUUGAGCAUUAAGGUCUUCUUGCUCCUUAACUUGGGUAAAUGGUUGAGGUUUAUCCCGGUUGACGAUAUGCAUUUAUGUAAGAAGUGGUAGUACCAUGGUACAACUAAAUCGGGGUUUAAAAAUGAGCCAAAACGGAGAAAUAACAUUCGUAUUUGUUUAGAUUAACAUUAAGACUUAAUUGAGUUGAGUCGACCUGGUAGUUUUAAUCGAUGUUGGCGUAAUAUAUUUGACCAAUUGACCUCGACUAAAGAAAGGGAAGAAACAAAAAUUGCAAAUUGGAUUGCAAGAGAAGGCUAAAACAGCUACGGCACUUCUUCUUAAAUGCCCAUUUAAGGCUAAAAAAUGAACAACCUAGUGAUUUUUCUAAAUUGGGGAAAACUCCAAAGAACUGAAAACCCUAGACUUAUGCCAGCCUAUUUAUAAUAGCCACAGGUCCUUCCCAACCUCUGCCUCUAUCUGCAUAUUGUACUUUGGCUCUCAGAAAGUGAAUUACAGGUUUCCACUUUCAUUUCCACCUAAAAUAAACCAAAUUUUCAUCAAAAAGAGAGGAAAAAAGAUGAGGGGAAGAUGUUCAAAGCAAGGAAAUAAAGCAAGUUUGGAAAUUGAAAAGCUUGACAAACUAACAGAAGAGCCCCCGCUUUCUGGUGCCUAUAUUAGGAGCCUUGUGAAACAGCUGACUUCUUCGAGAGCUAAAGAACCCUCGAAUUCUACAGACCGUGAUUUGGCUGGAGAUGGUUUUACUAGUCAGGCGCAAGUGUUGCAGCCAUCGCCACAGCCAUCGCCAUGCCAACCACCCCAACGUAAAAAACAAGCCCGGAAAAGACUUCAUACUAGCAGACCUUAUCAGGAGAGGCUUCUAAACAUGGCUGAGGCUCGGCGAGAAAUUGUGACUGCUCUGAAGUUUCAUAGAGCAGCUAUGAAGCAACAGCAGCAGCAGCAACAACAACAGCAAUCACAAACAGAGAAUCAGCCAUUGCAGCCCUCACCACAAUCAUCAUUAGAACAAGAACCGAAGCUCAAUUCUGGGGGGAAUUCAAGUAAUAAUGAUUCCAAUGCCACGGCCAAGGAUUUUCCAAGUUGCAUGGACAACUACUCCCACUCACCCUUCUCCUCUCAUCCCCUGCAUCAGUAUUCUUAUCAGAACUUAUCUGUUACUCCAUCACUUAUCCAAGAGAACCUCAAUUUCCCACUCCCAAGCCAACCGUUAGGCUUGAAUCUCAAUUUCCAAGAUUUCAACAAUUUGGAUGCUACGCCUUAUUUUUGCAGUAGCAAUCCAUCAAUUUAUUCUUCUUCUUCUUCUUCAUCGUCAUCAUCUUCAUCUUCAAGUUCUUGCCCACGUAUAUCUGCUUCGCAAGAAGUGCAUCCAAUGGAGGAAGCUGAGAUGGUAAAUUCCGGGUUGCAUCCCACUCUCGAUGACAAGGAAAUGGCAGAGAUCAGGUCAAUAGGGGAGCAGCACCAAAUGGAGUUGAAUGACACCUUGAAUUUGGCCACUUCAGCUUGGUGGUUCAAGUUCCUGAAAACCACGGAAGUUGACCCUGGCGAAGAGAAAAUAAAAAAUGUUGAAGAUUAUGGGUGCUAUCCAUUUGAUGAAGUCAUGGAAUUCCCAGCCUGGCUGAAUGCAAAUGAAAGCUGUUUGCAGCAACGCUUGAAUGAUCACUACUCUGAAGAUUACUUCCAAAAUCCUGCCUUGCCAUGUAUGGGUAUUGAUGAGAUUGAAGGAAAGGAUGUGGAGUGGAUAGCCAGAGAAGACUGAUCUAUCAUGCUUUCCUUUCUCAAGCUCAAAAUUUUGCUUGGGGUGCUUGAUGCCCCUAUACUUUUAGUUUCUCAGUUUUUCAAUUUACUGCUUUAAUAAGGGAUUGCUAGAAUGUGACAGGCCUUUGGUAGAGGAUAAUAAUACCCACAAGGAAGAGAUUAUUAGUAUGCAAUCUUCCUUCGUCUGGAGGAUCCCAGAUUUUUAUUCAAUUAUUCUCUUGAAAGUUGAUAUUUCAGUACUUUGGUCAUUUUGCACCAUUGUAUUAUUGUGGCAUUUGGGAAAAUCUUGUACUCUCUUUAGACUAUGCUACUUCAAUACCGAGAUCAUAAUAUUUAAUAGUGA